ACCGCGCUUUCCACAGCUGAAGAUCCAAUUAACUGUAUCGGGUCUGAACAAAAAACCCCUAACUAGCAGCAUCGCCGCCUCCAAACCCAUAUCAAAGCAAAGAACAACCGAGAAAUCUACAGCCGGAUAAACUGAUUAUGAGAGUGAACCGAGCGAGAAGACACGGAGCCGCUCGCCUCCCUCUCCAUGUUUCUCCUUCUUCUCCCAGCCACCGCGUCUUUGCCGCCGCAAACGCCAUUUCCUGCUGGUACUGCGACCUAAAAAUCUCCACCCUCAACGAACCUCUCUUCCGGUUCGGCCGAAACCACGCCACGAUUCUCAAAAUCUGGUUUUCCAUCGGAACCGGUUUCGGCCUAACCGCACUUGUCGGAGUCACUUCGAUUCUUAUUUGGCAACUAUUCCUUAGCUCCAACACCCAUCUAAGCAACCUUUUCAGCUCCGUUUUGUUCGGCUUUUCCCCUUCUUUAAGAAUCUCAUUUUCCGACGCCGGAUACUUAUUCGUCUCCACUUUGGUCUCCGUCUCCGUACAUGAAUUUGGCCACGCCAUUGCCCUUGCCAGUGAGGGAAUACAGUUGGAGUACAUUGCUGUUUUUCUUGCGGUUCUGUUUCCUGGUGCUUUAGUUGCUUUUGAUUAUGAUUUGCUUCAGGCAUUGCCUCGGUUAACUUCUCUUCGCGUAUAUUGUGCUGGUAUUUGGCAUAAUGCAGUGUUCUGUGCAGUUUGUGGAUUGUUGUUGUUCCUGCAGCCUGUGAUCCUGUUUCCGUUUUAUAUACAUGCUGAGAGCCCUUUGGUUUUGGAUGUAGCUCCAGCAUCGCCGUUAUCUGAGUUUUUGUCUCCUGGGGAUGCAAUUGUGUCAUUGGAUGGUGUGCGCAUCCAUGGUGUACAAGAUUGGAUGGAGAUGACUGUUCUACUAGAUAAAAAGAUACUUCAGAAUUCAAGUGAUUCCCAUUAUUUUAAAAGUUUUGGUGCAGUAGAUAGCAGAAAGGGGUACUGUGUGCCUAAUGCCUUGUUGGAAGACAACAACAAGGUUCAAUUGGCUGACAACCAAUCUGUUUGUCCUAAUGAUCUAGUAGCAUUUGUGAAAACUCACUGCUUUGAUCUUAGUCAGUCGGAAGAUGUGGGUGGUGAAGAUGGUCAUCUUGGAAGAAGAAAAAAUGAGCUUUGUUUGAAUGCAAAGGGUAUUGUCAAACUUGAAAAAUGUGGUGAUGGAUGGGGAACGGUAAUGACAACCGGAAGCAGCUGCAUGUGUUCCCAGGAUGAGUCUUGCUUAAGUCCAGUUCAGUUGCCAGGUUCGAAUUGGGUUGAGAUUACAUAUUCAAGGCCCUAUUCAACAGAAUGCUUGCAACUUAGAAGUUCCCUUUUAGAUUCCAAUACUUCUUCUGGUGCCGUAGAACAGAGCUGUGGUGGAACUUUUGUUUUUGUUGGUGAUGUAAUAUCUAUGGCGCAUUCAGUUCAGUUAACCAAAUAUCAACCUCGGUGGGAAUUUUUUCUUGGUGAAUAUCUUCCAAAUAAGCUGGAAAAGAGCUUAAUAUGCACAUUCCACGUAUCUCUAACAUUAGCUCUUCUCAACAGCUUGCCAGUAUAUUUUCUAGAUGGUGAAUCAAUUUUGGAGGUGACUUUGUCUCAUUUCACAUCAUUGAGCCCAAGGAAAAGGAGAAAAAUUCUUCAACUAUGUCUUGUGGGAGGGACUUUCAUUUCAGUUAUGGCCUUCUUGAAAAUCUUCUUUAUCAGUUUCUUGUAAAGCAGAAGUGCCAAUGUUGCUGUGGGCUGUGCCGUCCAAAAUGGAUAUGGCAGCCGACAUAUCCCUUAGAAACCGUGCAAGCAAAGCAUGGCUGGCUCCCUUUCAUCACCACCUGGACUCCAACAAUUUAAUUUAUUUUGUAUGUAUGUGAAUAUUCCCUCAUUUGGCCAGUUGGGUUACUCACGAUCAAUUGGAUUCCCUGUUGCAAAAUGUUCAUUGUCAAAGGAUAACAUUAAUAGGUUCGAAUUUCAGCACGCACAACUUUUUUUCUUGUCUCAAAGUUAAUGGUCUCAACUCUCAUAGAGUGUUGUUAAUGCACUU